AUGAUCCGCAUCGCCCGCCUCUCAACGUCGGCACGCUCAUCUGCCGCAGCUGCAGCCGUCGCGACGUCGCCGCGCGCAGCCCUCGCCGCAGCCCGUCGCGCACCUCGUGCAAGCGCGUCGACUUCGGCCCCAGCCUCCCCUCUUGCGGCUUCCCAGCCCGGCACCGUCACCUCUACCGUGACCUCUGCCGCUCCCCCCGCAGUCAAGCGCGUACGCGCCACCCGUGCUCGUGUUGCUCCCGUUCCCGCCCCAGACCCCGAACUCGACGCCGAACCCGAUAUCGACUUCCUCCCCACCCAGGGCAUCCAGGACUAUGCGGCUCUGCAGCCUCCUUCGUCCCCCGCUCCUCGCCGUGUCUCCCCAACGCGUGCCCCAUCUGUUGGGCCAAUGCCAACCGCAAGUCCACCACUCACAUCCCUCCCUGGGGCAGGCUACGAGCCUCUUCCAAGUAUUCCACAAGGUGGUUCGUCUGCUUCCGUUGCGACUCUUGACGCAGCCGCGCCCGGCACAGCCCCGUGGUCACCCUCCCAUCCAGGCCAACUGGGCGCCAAAACCCUCGAGGACGGAUACGUCUUUCGUAUCCCUGGAGAGGCGGUUGAGGACUGGACGACUAGCUUUAGGGGGUUGAGUGCGGCGCCGUUUCCCAAGGACGUUGCGGAGGCGUUGCUCAGGCCGCUGAAGGCCGAGGAUGUGGAGAUGAAGCCUGACGGUCUCCUCUACCUGCCGGAGAUCAAGUACCGGCGCACGCUCAACCAGGCCUUUGGACCCGGUGGAUGGGGCCUGGCUCCCCGCGGCGAGACGCACAUCGGUCCCCGUAUUGUCAGCCGCGAGUGGGGUCUGGUUUGUCUUGGCCGCCUUGUCGCGAUUGCCCGCGGAGAACAGGAAUACUUUGACCCGUCAGGCAUCCCAACCGCGACCGAGGCGUGCAAGUCAAAUGCCUUGAUGCGGUGUUGCAAGGACCUCGGUAUCGCGUCCGAGCUCUGGGACCCUCGCUUCAUUCGCGAAUUCAAAGCCAAGCACUGCGUCGAGGCCAUGGUAGAGCAUGUGACGCAGAAGAAGAAGCGCAAGCUCUGGCGUCGGAAGGAUCAAAAGUUCGAGUACCCGUACAAGGAGAUCAGCGUUGUGGCCAAGUAA